AUGGCCUUCUGGGGUGGAGAAAAGCGGGGAGGGCUGAGGGGGUGGAGAAAAGCGGGGACUGAGGGGUCUCUGAAGCCGGCAGUCUCCGCCAUGAGGAAGACCCCUAGCGUCGGGAGCCAGGAGGACCAGCGCUGGUGGAAAAACAGCGCCGUCGAAAGCGAGCACGAUGAGGGCGCCUUAGACCAGCCCCAGCACGACUUCCGCCUGGAAUAUCUCUGUGAGCUCCACAGAGCUGCCCGGUCGGGCGACGUCCCUGGGGUGGAGCGCGUCCUGGCUCCUGGAGACACUGGCGUGGACAAGAGGGAUAGGAAGAAGAGCAUUCAGCAACUAAUUCCUGAAUAUAAGGAAAAACAGACACCUGAAAGUCUUCCUCAAAAUAACAAUCCAGAUUGGCAUCCUACUAAUUUGACCCUUAGUGACAAGACUUGUCAGAGAUCCAAGAUUCUGAACGUUGAUGAUAAAUGUCCAUCUGUAUCACCAUCAAUGCCUGAAAAUCAGUCAGCAACCAAAGAACUGGGACAGAUGAACUUAGCAGAACGAGAAAAGAUGAACAUUGGAGUUAUACUUCUCUCAGAGAAUGAUAAUCUCCAUGACUUGUGCCAAUCACAGCUACCAGAAAACAAAGAGAGCAAAGAAGAAUUGACUUUCCAACCCUUUCCACCGUGUGCCCUUUCUCUGGCCUUACUGAACUUCCGGUCCUGUCCUGCUGACCCAUCCCUCGAUUGUAGGCAAAUACAUAUACUCUUUCAGGCCUCUCUCUGCCUUUUGUUGCUGCCUGUCAUGCUCUCACUCUUUCCUGUCCCCUACCCCUUGACAAAAAAUGUGAACCAAAAUAGUGACAGUUGCAGUACAAAUAACUAUAAAAGCCUGAAACCUAAAUUAGAAAAUCUGAGUUCUUUACCACCAGAUUCUGACAGAACAUCAGAAGUAUAUCUACAUGAGGAAUUACAGCAAGACAUGCAAAAGUUUAAGAAUGAGGUCGACACAUUAGAAGAAGAGUUCCUGGCUUUGAAGAAAGAAAACAUUCAACUUCAUAAAGAGGUUGAAGAAGAAAUAGAGAAGCACAGAAGUAAUAGAACGGAAUUAACAGGAACCCUAACUGAUGGUGCUACUGUUGGCAGUGAUGAUGAUGGACUAAAUCAGCAGAUUCCUAGGAAGGAGAAUGGAGAGCAUGACAGGUCUGCAGAUAAAGCAUCUAAUGAAAAUAACAAGGUCAAAAACCAAAUACAUCCUGGGGCUGACUUUGCUGACUCAGUGGAGCCAUCUGAAACAGCCUCAGAGAAUUGUGAGUUGUCUCAUUCUGUUUAUGAGAACUUUAUGUUGCUGAUGGAACAACUUAGAAUGGAGUGUAAAGAUUCUGUUAGCCUACCAAGAAUCCAAGACACAUUUUGUUUAUGUGAAUGCUUACUGAAACUUAAGAAUAAUCGCUGUGACCAACUUAGAGUAAAAAUUAAACAAACAGAAAAUACGGUCAGUCUACUACAAAAUGAGCUAUCUGAAACAAAAAAGACAAAAUUAUAGUUAGAGCAUCAAAAAAUUGAAUGGGAGAAAGAGCUGUACGAUUUGAGGUAUGACAUUCUAGUUCUAAAGAAAUAUUUAUACUAAAGACAAUACCUUCUGCAGAUUAACGAGGGAGAAAUAUUUUUGGUCUUGUGGAAUAUGAAAUUCUUGGAAAUAAUAAAACAAAUUAUUAACUGUGAACUCUUCUAAUAAAUGAAUGUAUAUUUGCAAUCUUAAUGGCCAUAUAGAAGUCCACCAUAUAAAAUCUUGUUAUUCAUUUAACAAAUUGUAAUUUGGGUUUUAAAAUUAUCUUG